AUGCUCAAAUCCUCCCUCCAGCCCAGAUUCAACUUCCCCUUUGCCUCUCCCCUCAGGUCCUAUACGGGCAAGGGGCUGUCACCCCCACAGAAGGUGACAGCGGGCCACGCUGCAGACGGCCUGGACGAAGGCCAAGGACAACCGGUGCCUUUGGUGGCAGGAACAUGCCGGCGCAGGCUUCCUGAUGGAGUAAAUAUUUCCAAAGAAGCUCGGAGUGCAAUCUCUCGAGCAGCGAGUGUGUUUGUGCUUUAUGCAACAUCAUGUGCAAAUAACUUUGCGAUGAAAGGGAAGAGGAAAACGCUGAACGCUGGGGAUGUUCUCUCUGCCAUGGAGGAAAUGGAGUUUCAGCGAUUUGUAGCCCCUUUGAAAGAAUCACUAGAAGUUUACAGGCGUGAACAGAAAGGAAAGAAAGAAGCAAGGAAAGAUAAAGACAAGAAGGCAGACUCGGAGGAGCAAGAUAAGAGCCGAGAGGAAGAGAAUGAUGAUGAUGAUGAAAGGAUGGAGGAGGAAGAGCAAAAUGAAGAGGAAGAGGUGGACAACUGAGCUUGCUGAUGAGACGUGUGCAGGGGUUGGGUUUUGUUCAGAGGGAUAUAAACGCUGUAAAUCAACCUUGCUGUGUCCCCUCUUGUUUCCCGUAGAGUUUUGUACUGUUCUGCUGGGGCCCAGCCCUUUUUGGCUUUAACUUGUACAUAGAGGACUUCUGCUAAAGCUUUUC